AUGGCAAAUAAAUUGAGCCAGGCCCUCGACGGCAUGAAACUCGAAGAUGGCCGGCCAGAUACCCAGUUGCGCACAUCAGCAAUUCAACAUCUCCUCAAUAGCUCAACCUUGACAUUUGGAGAAAUGCGAUUAUUCAAAGCGCAUUUUGGUCGAAUCAAUUUUCAUCAUGAUGGCAUCGCUCAAUUACCAGAAGAAAUUCUUGCGCUUGUCAUGGAGUAUCUCGAUCUCAAGGACUUCAUGUCUAUGCGUUGCGUUUCGAGGAACUGGAGAGAGAAAUUGUCCAGCGAAAAGCUUUGCGCGUCACUACUCAAGAUACACUUUCGUAAGACUUGGGAGAUCAAAUUUAAGUCAUUGGGAGACAGCGACAGGCAGCUAAAGCUUGAUGAUUUCCUUAGCAUGUGUAUAGGACGACUUAAGAGAGACCGUGGCAUGUAUUAUCAAGUAAUGCACUAUGAUUAUUUAUCAGACCCAAACGAAGACAGGUUCUAUUCAAAUUGGUGCCACGAAGAUUGUUAUAGAAAAAGGUUUCAAUACAAAAACGGAAGAAUAGCAAUGAAAAAAGAUCCUAGCACCAUUCAAGUAAAUGAUCUCCGGACACAUGCUUCAAGACGCUAUAUGCAUGAGUUUCGAUAUAGCUUCGAUUAUUGGUUACUCUCAGAUCAAAUUCUCGUAGCCUAUUUUGAUAGUCCAAAACCGCGAUUCAACGUAUGGCAGCUUGAUGAAGAAGAUGACCCGAGAGUUAUUCAUCUGGACCGUCGUUACGAGAUAUUGGCCGCCCACAACAAAGAAAUUGCUCUCGGUGUCAAGAGUCCUUCAUCGAACUGCCCUGUUUACAUCUGGAAUGAUGGCCGCAUCAAAAAGCUUGCCGAUCCAGAUUUUGGCGAUUUGUAUCCAAAUCAUGAGAUUAAGUUUUGCGAAAUCUUCUUCCACCCCACUCAAGAAAAUCAUCAUUUCUUAUUUUAUCAUGCCUCUUGCUUACCCUUGGGUGGAACUCUACGCGAAACCGGAAGCGAUUUAAUAAUCGUACAAGAGUAUGUCGGAGGAGUACCACAAGGGCAGCGGAAUGAAGUGCUUGGAUCAUGCUUCGAGAUAACUAUGCUCAAGUUUCGAUUCAUUAGCGACGAUGGCGUUGUUGCACUUCUAUCGCGAAUGUAUCGCUCGCCGGAAAGGAGAGCUUCCACUCAAAGAUCCCCUUGUAACCAUGAUAUAUCAUCAGCUACAAAGGCUGCUGCUUACCCCCUCAUGACCUUCAAUCUCUUGACCCAAAAGUUUGAAACCAUUUCAACUCACCUCGAGUCGUUUCUGGAAAAAUUCCCUACCCCUUUAAACCCGUUAUUUUGGCGUGGCCAGGCUACCAUUCCAUACGAUAGUAGAAACGGCGAUGCUUACUCCGAAUUUUGUAAGCCCAACCCAGAAAAGAUGCCUUAUUAUCUAGUAUCCGCAAGUAUCUGCGAUGCGACGAAGAGAAAUCUUCAAUGUGUGGGAAAGCACAAGUUUACUCCAGAAAGUGGUUUGAGCGCUCUGGUCGCCUUUUGUUUGCCCAUCGACAUACAAGCGACUACAUCGAACAACGAAUUUAAUAAGGGUGCUGUAUGGGGCGAUGAUGACUUUAUAAUCUAUAGUCAUCGCGAAGGGUAUAUUGUAUGGAGUUUUAACCAAAGAAACACUUUACCCACAGGUUUGGCAAACUCCCCUCCCUCCGGACUCCUCGGCCAAAGGAGAAUCGUCCCAAACAGUAUCGAGGUGAAAUAG